AUGUCCCCCUCACCCCAGCCGCACAGGGGUGCCCGUGGAGCAAAGGCACGCAUUUGUGUGCACUGCGGUCGGAGUUUUCGACGGACUGAACAUUUAGAGCGACACAUCCGUACUCACACCAAAGAGAAGCCAUUCAUUUGCUUCUGUGGGGCGGCAUUUACUAGACGGGAUCUAUUGAAGCGUCACACGCGUAUUUCACAUCAAGAUGGCCUGACCUCACCGACGCCGCCCGAGCCAACGACGAAGGCGGAUUUCCAGCCAACGCAUCACCCUGCAUCGAUCGCCCCGGAAUAUGAUACACCAACGAGAUCUGUACCCGCACCCCUUGCAGGAUCAUCGGCUGUGCACCAAUGGGCUGGGUCACAGAACGCGCCUUAUUUAGAUCAGCAUCACAAUGCCGGCAUGCUCCCUGCUGUUACUACGGGAGCUCCACACCCUGCUAUCGAUCCUCAUACGGGUAUGGUGCAUGAUCCCGAUAUGCUUCAGGCUGCCCAGUUGCUUCUUCCGGGAGAUUACCGACCUACAGCGCAACCGAUGCCCUAUUUGCCUGAAGAUUUGAAUCAUUUCCAAGAAUUUACCCAUUUUUUGGAUUCCAUUGGCUUGCCCGGGGAAUGGGUUCCCAGUGAAGGUGAAAGAUCGCAGACCCAGGAGGUUAACCUGGAAGACGUGAGAGAGGCAGAUCGACUGGCCCAAGAGCACCAUGAGCGGCCACGACGAAGCGGAGAGGGUUCUCGAGGAGAUUCACCAUUCAGAUCAUGGCUUCCAUCUGUACCGAGGGGCGACCAAAGCCUAGGGACACUUUCUGAUUCUGAACCACCACAUAACGCAAAGAGGACAUCACGAUUCAAUGUCACCGAAGACCAACGGUUUCGGCUUGCGGCAUCUCUUGAAGAAUUUCGCCAUGUCAUUCCGGAUUUCGUACUGCCGUCUCGUCACACUUUGACUCGGUACCUCACUUCCUAUUUUGAAGGAUUCCACCCGCACCUUCCGUUUAUGCACAUCCCAACUUUUAAUAUCAAUGAACGCGCCCCUGAGGUGGUUCUUGCUAUCAUGACGAUCGGAGCUCAGUAUCGAUUUGAGCACCGGAACGCAGAGAGAAUAUUCCACGUCUCCAAGGCAGUUUUAUUUGAACGAAUGUCCAGAGAGCCCCGUUUCCCAGCCAAACCCAGUUAUAAUUCAGGCUCCCAAGUACCGCUGGGGAUAUCUCCUUAUUCCAAUUUUGGCGAUCAAUCCCUCACCCGGCCGCAAGUGUCAGCGGAAAGGAGUGCUGUUUGGAAGCAGAUUGAAAUCACCCGCUGUCUCCUUAUUCUGAUGGGCUACUCCACGUGGGAAAGUGCCAGACUGGUACAGGAAGCAUUCCAUCUUCAGGGCUUGUUGGUUCGACAUCUCCGCGAGGCUGGCCUGACAGAAGACAUAACACGUUCUGAUCCACGUGCACCACUUGACUGGUACGAAUGGGCGGACCAAGAAUCCGCGCGACGCACAAAGUUGAUUGCAUUCUGCUUUAUCCAUGUUCACAGCAUCGCAUACAAUGCUUAUCCAUCUCUGCGCAGCAAUGAAAUCCACCUGCGUCUUCCAUGUUCUACCAUCGAGUGGACCGCUAGCACCGCUGCGGAAUGGGAAGCAGCCCAGCGAGAACGAGGUCCACAGCAGCUCUUCUUCCAAGACGCAUUGACCCUUCUCUUGCAAAAGUCCCGAUCAGCCGUGCCACUAGACCCCAUCCCGGCACCAUUGGGUAACUAUAUCCUCUUGCACGGACUCCUGCAACGGAUCCACCUCGUGAGCGAGUUAUCAUUGCCAAAUGGCAACCACUCCACAACUCUCCCAACAGAGGAACUGAAUAAACUAGAACGAGCUCUCCGCUCCUGGACCUCCGUGUGGCAACAAGCCCCAGAAUCCAGCCUAGACCCACACAACGCAAACGGCCCAAUCCCAUUCACCUCCAGCGCAUUCCUGGGGCUCGCAUAUGUCCGCCUAUCUCUAAAUCUCGGUCCUCACCGUCGUCUCGAGACCCGCGACCCGGUAAUAAUAGCCACUGCCCUCCGCCGCUCUCCACGUCCAGAACGAAGCUACCGUCUCAUCCCGGCACUUAUAUACGCCGCUCAUGCCCUCAGUAUCCCCGUGCGUCUGGGCAUAGACCACAUUGCUCGCAGCCAAGCCUUCUUCUGGAGCGUGCGACACUCGCUGGCUAGUAUUGAAUGUGCAGUGUUGCUAAGCAAAUGGCUGUUUACCCUUGCCGAGGCGGGAUCGGAUCAGUCGUUAAGUGAAAACGAAACCCGCAUUCUACGUUGGACUCGCUGUAUUAUCGAGGAGGCGUAUUCGUCUAUUGAUACGGAUGAUGGCGAGGCGCCGCCAGACCUCGAACCGGCUUCUUUGGGAUUGGCUGUCCUCAAGCUGUGGGCUAGGUUGUUUGGAACAAACACUCAGUGGCCUUUUAUUAAUGUUCUUGGACAGAGCUUGGAAGAGUAUAUGACUAUGAUUUGA